GCGGCCGAAGGGUCAGAUUGGACCCGCGAGGCGGAAGCACGCUCCUGGACUUCCGGCGAGCGCAGCCCCGGCAAGAGUAGCAGAAUGGAGGAGGCGCCCCACGGCUGUCCCGGAGCCGACAGCGCCCAGGCGGGCCGAGGAGCCUCGUGCCAGGGAUGCCCCAACCAAAGGCUGUGUGCGUCGGGCGCCGGCGCCGCUUCGGACCCGGCUGUGGAGGAGAUCAAAGAGAAAAUGAAGACGGUGAAACACAGAAUCUUGGUGCUGUCUGGGAAAGGUGGUGUUGGGAAAAGCACGUUCAGCGCCCACCUCGCCCACGGCCUGGCAGAGGAUGGAGACACACAGGUCGCCCUUCUGGACAUCGAUAUCUGUGGGCCAUCAAUUCCCAAGAUCAUGGGCUUAGAAGGAGAGCAGGUUCACCAGAGUGGCUCCGGCUGGUCUCCAGUGAUUCCCUGGGAAGUACCGACAUAUGGUUUAUGCAGAUGUGUUGUGCUCUUGUUCCCCACAUGCAAAUGUUUCUUCCCAUUAUCCCCAUUCCUCUGCAGUACGUGGAGGACAACCUGGGGGUGAUGUCUGUGGGUUUCCUGCUCAGCAGCCCUGAUGAUGCUGUCAUCUGGAGGGGACCAAAAAAAAAUGGCAUGAUCAAGCAGUUCCUCCGAGAUGUAGACUGGGGGGAUGCUGACUACCUCAUCGUAGACACUCCACCUGGGACAUCCGACGAACACCUCUCUGUCGUCCAGUAUCUGGCUGCGGCACACAUUGAUGGGGCCGUGAUCCUCACCACCCCUCAGGAGGUGGCCCUCCAGGAUGUCCGGAAAGAGAUCAGCUUCUGCCACAAGGUGAAGCUGCCCAUUAUUGGUGUGGUGGAGAACAUGAGUGGCUUCAUCUGCCCCAAAUGCAAGAAGGAGUCUCAGAUCUUCCCUCCCACAACCGGGGGUGCAGAGGCCAUGUGCCAGGAUCUGAAGAUCCCUCUCCUGGGCAAAGUGCCGCUGGAUCCACUCAUAGGUAAGAGCUGUGACAAAGGCCAGUCUUUUUUCAUUGAAGCCCCAGAUUCACCAGCCACAGCAGCCUACAAAAGUAUAAUUCAAAGGAUCCAAGAGUUUUGUAGCUCUCGUCAGUCACAUAAUGAGAACCUCAUCAGUUCCUGAAGGGGACAGAGCCAAUGCCACCUGCUCCUAGCCACAGAACCUGCAGGCACAGGUCCAGCCACAUCUGGUCAGCAGGGGGCAGACAGGAUUUGGAGUGACAUCCAUAGGACCCUUUGAUCACCUGUCUGCCCGUUUCCUCCAGGUCAGAGGUACAGGUGCUCUGCAUACAGACGCACUCAUCGCAAAAUAAAACUCCCUGAACCCGUCCCUAGGGCCUGCUCUCUGGAGUCCACCGGACUGGCAGUCUUCUGGGUCACAGGACUCCCAGGAGCUGCUUUUGACUCAGAAUAUAAGCCUAGGGAGGGACAGAGGGAGGAUUGUGGCUUCGUGGCAGACCUGUGUCUCCCUCGGGUGGAUGGAAGUGACAGCAGCCUCAGCCCACCCUGGAGUCUCCAGCCUGGGAUCAUGCUUUGGCUAGGGGCCAUCAACAUCCCCCAGAAAAGCCCAUAAGUCAUCCAUAGGGUAAUAGGUACCCUCAGGACAUCAGUAAUCUUCAGGGUCCCAGGAAAACUGUUUCCUAGUGCUUUUGAGAGACUGAUGUGACUGUCCUCGUGACCUGAGACUAAGACAUAGGAACUGAGAGCUGCUGAGGGAAGUUAUUCCAAUUUCUACACCAUUGUGGUGUCACAGUGGAAGGUGGCAGCCCCCUCCCCUGUCCUUCCUGUCCUCUCCUUCCCCUUUACACACGUACUCUUGGAAUGUGCUGGGGUCCCUGUGGGGAAGAUGUGACCUUUCUGAAGGUCGAUGGUUCUGAGCAGGCCCUAAACUUGGGCACUCCAUCUUGGACCUGCUCAGGUCAGCUUGGAGGACCUGGGAGAGUCUGCCAAGACCUCAGACACAGCUGCUCAGGAGCUGCAUGCCUCACCUAACGCUGGUGGAUGUCCAGUCCUUCAAGCCUGGGCUGCUCAAAGUCACCUGGGGAAGCCUGCAAGGCAAGAAGAACCAUGACUAUCCCAGCAAAGAGCAGCGCACUGCCAGAGACCCAGUGCCCCGGCAGCAGCAUUUGACCUGUGCACAAUGAAUCUGUCAGACCAAAAACUCCUUCAUUCUUAGCUUCAAGAAAUAUUUCCAUGGCUAGAGAGAUGGCUCAGCAGUUAGGAGCACUGACUGCUCUUCCUGGUAACCUGGGUUCAAUUCCCAGGUCCCACAUGGCAGCUCACAACUGUCUGACACCCUCACACAGACAUACAUCCAGGUGAAACACCAAUGGACAUAAAAUAAAAAUAACUUAUUUUUUAAAAAGGAAAUGUUUCCUGGCUUCAAAAUAAAACAGAAGACUUUGUCAUUCUUAAUUCUGUGUGGUUUUUAUCUUGUUUUGGUAUGUGCGUCUGUUAUGUAGUUAUGUGCAGGCAUGCACAUUCCAUGAUACUCCUGUGGAGUUAGUUUUCUCUGUCCACCUUGUUUUUGAGGCAGGGUCUCUCACCUGUCUGCAGUAUGUACUCCAGGCUAGUUGCCCAUGACCUUCUGUAUCUCCUUUUCGUCUGACUCUGUGGUAAU